ACGCUCUUUAUACUACAACAGUUUCCCUUUCCAGGAUUUGCUCGGUUUCAUAUACUCCCAAGCUUGGUCAUUUGAAGCAAUUUUCCAGGAUUUCCAGCCAAAGACUCUAUCAAAGUAAAGAGAAAAGUGAGAUCAAAGAUAACACAGUUUCCAACAACUAGCUCGAAAUAAAGGAAACAUGUCCGGCAUAGCAGGCGACCUCCCGAACAUCAAGGCAGAGAACCUUCGCGACCUAAAGGCCUUGACAUUCGACGUCUUUGGCACAGUCGUGGACUGGCGGUCCUCGGUGGUGGACGAACUCACCUCCCGCGCAAAAGCCAAGCUCGCCUCUUCCUCCUCUCCCCCUUCUACGUCCACCAGCAAUGACAAGGACACAAAAGAAAAGCUAGAAAAGCUCGCAACAACAAACUGGCCAGCCUUUGCCCAAGAGUGGCGAAUCUCCUACAUGCGCUUCGUGCGCAGCUACGUGCCCGAGCAGACACCCUGGAAAGACAUUGACGCGCACCACCACGACAGCCUCGUCGAGCUCUUGCAGGGGUGGGGGUUGGAAGGGAUCUACUCCCCCGACGAGAUUCGCGAGCUGAGCCUCGUGUGGCACCGUCUCCGGCCGUGGGCGGAUUCCGUGGAAGGGUUGCGCAGGUUGGGUGGGAGAUACGUCACCUCGACGCUGAGCAACGGGAACAGGACGCUGUUGGGGGAUCUGGAUUCGUUUGGCGGGCUCGGGUUUAGGAAGAUUUUGUCGGCGGAGGAUUUCAGGGCAUAUAAGCCUAAUAAGGCGGUAUAUGAUGGCGCCGUGGAGGCUUUGGCCGGCGGUGGUGGUGGGAAGGCGAGGGAGGUUGCGAUGGUGGCGGCGCAUUUGGGGGAUUUGAUGGCUGCGAGGGGGCGGGGGAUGAGGACUGUUUAUAUUGAGAGGCCGGAGGAGGAGGAUUGGGAGGUUGGGAGCGAGAGGUAUGAGGAUGCCAAGGGAUGGGUUGAUAUUUGGGUUAAGGAGGGGGAGGGUGGGUUUGAGGAGGUUGCGAGGCGGUUGGGUGUUUGAGGGAUGAUGGUAUAUUUAGUCCAUAUUCAGGAACGGAUCUCAAGCGCAUUGUUAACUGUGAUAUUGAGUGUUCGGGCUUUUCCACUUUCUUCUGUAUCAUGCGUCUUGAUGGAGUGGACACAAUAAUCGACGGUGAAUAUACGGCACAGGCAGGAGGGUCUAUAGUCCAAUUCACCUCGCAAAUUCUCAACAGCAGCAAGAAAGGGAAAGUUGCCCAGAAGCCAACGAUAUUAAUAACCAAAGCCUGAGAGCAGAUUUACCGGGCUGCAGCUUGUGGUUUCGAAUCCCACAGGCGAUCCCCUUUUUUUUCAGCUUUUCCUUUCUAUAACUUCUAUUCGGAUCUUAUACAUGCCCUUCGAGGCAUUCUGAGACAUAAUCAAAUGCGG